UUAUAUGGGCAGUUAAGUUCAAAAACUCUAGUUAUUUUUCCGAGUUCCCGUAAAACCUUCUUCGAUCUCAAUAAUGCUGAGAAGAAAACCUAGCAAAAUCCAAGUCCAGAUCGAAGACAAAGAAGAACUCGUAGAAGCUCGUAAACAUUCACUCUCCGCCGCUGCCGCUGCUGCUGCAACAGCAACCACUGGUACAGGAGCUGCAUAUGUUAACAAUCAAUUAGAUCGGAACAAAGAUCCUUCCAGCAAACAUCAACGAAUUGGUCUUUCUUCUUAACCCUCCAAAACCCUUAAAUAAUAUCUUAAUUCUAGGGUUUGAAAAGACUAAAGAAUUUUCUUAUCAUCAUUUCUAGUAAAUUUGGGGUUUAUCAGUCUAAUAGAGAACCCUAUAAAUCAACUUUUCCUCUGUGAUUCUGGUUUUUGUCAGUUCUCAAAUUUGUACAAGUAGGUUCUGUUUUGGAGAUUAAUCAAGUAAUGGAUUUUGAGGAGCCUAUGGUUUCAGAACAGGAAGUGGUAAAUGACAAUUUAGGGCCAAGGAAACCUCGAGUUCUCAUUGCUGCUAGUGGAAGUGUAGCUGCUAUAAAAUUUGGCCAUCUCUUGCAUAGCUUCUCAGACUGGGCUGAAAUCAAAGCAGUUGUUACCAAAUCAUCUUUGCAUUUCAUUGACAAAGCAUCAAUUCCAAAGGGUGUUGUUAUCUAUACUGAUGAGGAAGAAUGGUCAAGUUGGAAGAAAAUUGGGGACAAUGUACUUCACAUUGAGCUUCGCAAAUGGACAGAUGUAAUGGUUAUUGCUCCAUUGUCAGCAAAUACACUUGGAAAGAUUGCUGGGGGAUUAUGUGAUAACCUGCUGACUUGUGUUGUUCGAGCUUGGGAUUUUAGCAAGCCAUUGUUUGUUGCACCUGCAAUGAAUACCUAUAUGUGGAACAACCCUUUUACGCAACGACAUCUUGAUACAAUCAGUGAAUUGGGUAUAUCUGUAGUUCAUCCCAUCACAAAAAGAUUGGCUUGUGGAGAUUAUGGAAAUGGUGCAAUGGCAGAACCUUCUGUCAUCUACUCUACGGUGAUGCUCUCUGUUGAUUCCCAAGCACAAGCAAAUGGUAACGUUGUUACACAAUAGUAUCUUUCCAGAGUAAAUAACAGUUUGUGCUGAUGUAUAGGUUUGUUCAUGUGGCCUCUCCAAUCUAGUUUAUUAGGGAUAGUAGUGUGAUCAAUCAUGUCCGUUUCUGGUUUCAGUAACUUGUUAUUCUUACUCUUAA